AGGAAAGGAACGUAAACAGCCAAUCACAGAUUGACACUUGACAAAACAGUGAUAGCAUAGCAUGACAGAAAAUUAAUUUUAAAAUGUCUGCACCAGAAGUGACUAUUACUGAUGGUAAAUUGCGGGGUAAAAUUUGUCAAAGUUUAAAUGGAGUAAAGUUCUAUACGUUCAAAGGAAUCCCGUAUGCCAAACCACCAGUAGGCGAUUUAAGGUUUUCUAUACCCGAACCACCAGAGCCCUGGGAAGGUGUGAAAGAUACCACAAAGAAUUGCAACAUAUGUGCACAAUAUGAUAGAGCAACGGGUACAGUAAUUGGUGAUGAAGAUUGUCUUUACUUAAAUGUAUAUACACCACGUCUUCCUCAUGAAGGGCCACAGCUACCUGUUAUGGUUUUUAUACAUGGAGGGGGAUUCUUAUUUGGAAAUGGAACUGAUGAUACCUUACACGGUCCAGACUAUCUCAUUGAAAAAGAAGUUGUUAUAGUUAGUUUGAAUUAUAGAUUAGGCAUACUGGGAUUUUUAUCCUUAGGCCAAAAAGGUGCUAGUGGCAAUAUGGGCUUAAAGGAUCAACUACUUGCACUAAAAUGGGUACAACAAAAUAUAGCUCAGUUUGGUGGUGAUCCUAAGAAUGUAACUAUUUUUGGUGUGAGUGCCGGUGGAGCAUCCGUUGAAUAUCUACUUCUGUCUCCAACAACCAAAGGUUUAUUUCACAAAGCUAUUGCCCAAUCUGGCUCAUCUCUUUUACAUUGGGCACAAAAUAAUGAAAUAGAAAAAUUGGCUUAUAAAAUACCACUUAUUAAGAAAAAGUUUCCAGGAAACAAUGAUGAACUAUUGAAAAUUUUAAAGGAAAUGCCUGUAAAAGAACUAAUACAAGCUUCUAUGAUAGCUCUUGCGAUGGGUACUCACCGUGGAGGCAUUACCUUUGGCUUUGUUCCAACUGUAGAAAAGUCCGGAGACUGGGAACAGUUUAUAAAUAAAUCCACUUAUGAUAUGUUAUCAAAUGGCGAGUUUACUAAAGUGCCGUUUAUGAGUGGCUUUUGUACACGUGAGGGUCUUUUAAUGAUUCCCUUUAAUCCCCAAAAAAUAGAAAACAUUUCAAGUACAAAGUCAUUUGUAUCAGAACUGCCUUUCAACUUUGAUAUCACAGAAAAAGAUGAACUUGAUAAAAAGCUGAAAUUGGUGUAUUUAGAAGGUGAAAAAACACACAAGGAUGAUGAUUAUUAUGCUAUUGAUUUCUUGACUGAUGUAGAUUUUCUUGGGGGUGUGUAUGUUGCUACUUCACUGAUUGCUAAGAAGAAUUCCCCUGUGUAUUUCUAUGAGUUUUCAUAUGAUGGUAAUUUAAAUUACUUUAAAAAAACAAGAAACAUCGAUAGAGGUGGAGCUUGUCAUGGUGAUGAUGGCGGUUAUUUGAUUAAAUGUGAUAUUUUUAAAGAAGCUGAAAUCUCUGAAACGGAUAAAUUGGUACGCGAAAGGAUGUCUACGAUGUGGACGAAUUUCGCUAAAUUUGGUAACCCAACACCAACAGUCGACGAUAUUAUAACUACUAAGUGGGAACCUGUUACGGAUAUAAUGUCGUAUUUAUUCAUUGACGAUAAACUGACAAUGAAGGAAAAUCCAUACCCCAACAGAACUAAAUUGUAUGAAGAAUUGUACAAGAAGUAUUAUUAAACAUUACUAAAUUUGUUAUUUUCUAAAGAAAU